AUGCCCACCACUCGUCUCCAAAAGAAGGAAAAGGGCGAGGGGCUUCUACAUGGUCUUGUUGAACAAAAGCGUGUUCGAAAAUCGAGAUCUGCUGGGUCCAGUGCUGCGUCCAAGCCAGCUCGAUCUGGGGGCACGAAGAAGGGAGAAGGCAAACAGCAGGAGCCUGAUUCGCCUCAUGUUGCUCUUGCAAAUUCACUCCUCCAGCGUGGUGCUGGUUUUCAAUUCACCGAACCGCCUGAGCAAGUCAGACCCAGCAGGAUAAUAUGGGGACCGCGUGAGGUUCCUAUCACACAACAAUCCCAGCUGCCCGACGGAUGGAGUGUAGAUGAGCCGGAUCUCAACGAAGCUGAUGUGGAUGGCCAAAUUGAGAGAUGCAAAGAACGCAUCAAAGAGGGAAUCAUGCCUGAUUUUUUUAAGAACAGGAUGACAACGUUUACAGCCAUCAAGCAAGAAAAGAUGGAUAUGAUCAGCUCCGAGCCUCAGGGCCUUGGCUGGGAAGUUGUUCAACGCCUCGAUUCCUUGAAAAAGCUGGAGCGGAGCCUCGGAGACGGAGACGACAAUGAGGAUGAUCUUUCUAACGUCAAAGCUAUCAUGACUGCUUACCGCUCUAGGAAGCUGACCUGGGAUAGGGAUUCAGUCACUUAUUGGUCAAAUGGGAAACUGAUUGCCGGACCCCAAAAGUUGAAUAUGCAGGAACUUUAUGCUCUUAGCGCAAAGCAUGGCCCAAAGGGAUUUUGGGUAGAAGGAAUCGAUGAUUGCAGCCCGGGCCCUCUAUAUCUGUUUUUCUCCAUGAAUUCGUGCUAUAAUGGACUCGCGAUGCAUACGGUUUAUAUAUCACUUCGAAACCCAACAACCCAAGCAACAAACACAAUGGCAACAACCAUGACUUUUGAUUUUCUCGAGGAUACUGGCUCUUCGACAAUGCGAAUAUUCUCCGACGAUAGAUUCCAGAUUGAAACUUUAUCUGGCGCACCUCUGCCCGCGGUUGGGCAAGCAAUCAAACAAACCGCCGCUGGGCAGAUAGUGGUUCAGAAUGUGAUACUUCAAGCGAAUAUCAUGUUUAAUGGUCAGCCCCUAGUUCCCUACUGGGUUGAUAUUCAAGCUUCUGUAACUCCAGGACGCAAAGGAACCUCAGGAGAUCGGCUUUCUGGUGUGUGGAUCCAACAUUUGUUGUUCGUUUUGUCAAUGCCGGAUAACACUCAAAGGAAGCACAUUGGCACUGAUAUCGGCGAGAUGAUACUCAAUCUGCCUAUUCCAGAUUACAGAAACGCGCGUCCACCACGAUUUGUAUAA